GAUACUUCAUGUGAAGAUGUUCUCCAUUCACAUGGUCAUCAUCACUCAGCUCUUAGUUCAGCCCCAGAGCCUCUGUUCUUACCUGGAUMCUCAGAUGAAGAACUUACAUCCAAUAAUAAUCACCUCAAGUUACCCAUCCCAGAAGUAAAUGAGGAAAGAUUCAGGAACGAGACAAAGACUGAGGACCCUCCACAUGAAGACAUGGACAUCAGGACAAACAAACAAGGUGUUCGUCCCUACUGGAUUGGAGAUCUGGACAACAUCAUCCUGAAGUCUCCUGAGUUCUACAUCUGUCCUCAAGUUAAUGGUGAUGUCUUUGGAACCAGGAAGUCUUUGUCCCAACAGCUGGAGUUUCCUCACACCACUACCCAGACACUGGAUGGUCCCCCUCGCUCUCUCAGCUCGGCUCAGCUGCUGAAGCCGUUCACCAACGUGCACGCCUUCAUCAUCUGCAACAUUGUGCUGAUAAAGGGUCAUGGCAAGGGUCUAGGUUUCAGUAUUGUUGGGGGUCAGGACAGCCCGUAUGGACCCAUGGGGGUCUAUGUGAAGACCAUUUCUCCUGCAGGAGCAGCAGCUGCUGAUGGACGACUGCAGGAAGAGGCUGGAGUUGGUUUGGGGAUUGGAUUGUGCUGUGUUCCUUCUGAUGAAGGAGGUUCUGGGAUCUUUAUUCACACCAUCUCUCCUGGAUCCAUCGCCCACAUAGACGGCAGACUGAGGUGUGGAGAUGAAAUCAAGGAGAUCAACAAAACUUUGGUUUACAACACGGGCCUGAACGAUGUUUACUCCAUCCUGAGCCAGACCAGACCAGGUCCAGUCCACAUCAUCAUCAGCCGCCACCCUGACCUCAAAGUUUCAGCACAGCAGCUAAAYGAAGCCAUCAUCCAGGCUGUGGAAAACAGUAAACUGACAAGAAAUAAGAGUCAGUGGAGAACUGAUGAAACGUAUAAAGUGGAGUACUGYCCUCACAGUCGACAGAGAUGUGAUCAUUGUCUGGAGAGGAGUUUCAGUCUGUUAACAGUUCGACAAACACAAAAGAUGAUGACCCGUUCCUGGAGCGACACCACCAACAACUACCAGAACCACAAGUUUACUGAUCAGAACCAGAACACCACCCACCAAAAACCAGUGAGCAGAGUUCACAGCGCAGAUACGCCUCAGUCUGUGAAUCAAAAACUGGUGACUGGUGAGAACCAAAGGCUGAUCCCUGAGAACCAAAGACCAAUCCCUGAGAACCAAAGACCAAUCCCGGAGAACCAAAGACCAAUCCCUGAGAACCAAAGGCUGAUCCCUGAGAACCAAAGACCAAUCCCUGAGAACCAAAGACCAAUCCCGGAGAACCAAAGACCAAUCCCUGAGAACCAAAGACCAAUCCCUGAGAACCAAAGACCAAUCCCGGAGAACCAAAGACCAAUCCCUGAGAACCAAAGGCUGAACUCUGCUGCUGCCAUAAAAUCUGUUCAGAAGGUCUUUUAUCAGGUUCACAGAGAAAAUAAGCAGGAAGAAGAACUUAUAAGAAAAGCGUUGGAGCAAAGCAAAGGAAAUUCUGCCCAUCUGGUUUCUGCAGCGUAUUCCAAGGACCAACUUCAAGCAGGUGAAACAUCUGCUGCAUUCUGCUUAAAGCCAAAGACAGGUGGUCUGAGGAGACAGUCCCACACUGAACCACAGUCUGAAGACCAGAUUCAGGACCCUUGGGUUCAUCGUUCUAAUUGUUCAUCUGAAGACCCGCCAGAGACUUUUCACCAUCAGCACCGURCAAACAGCAGCAUCUCUGCCACCAUGACAGAUGAGGAGAACUUUACAGAACAACCAUUCACUGUGGCUCAAAAACCUUCAGGAUCCAAGACAGCACCCCCUGUGGCGCCUAAACCUGCCUGGAUUCACCAGAGUCUAAGGAAAAUCCGGAAUGAYCAAGAACAGAGGAAGCAUACUUAUUCUUCAGAAGAGAAGUCUCCUGCAGGUCUCAGCAGAAGCUUUAAAGAUAGAUCUACCUCAUCAGGAGGCAACAUGUCAAUCAAGCAAAAGAUUCACUCUUUUGAGAGCUUUUCUAGUCCAGSGCCUCAAGACAAAAGGAGCAGUGUCAGGAGGCCAACAGCUUCCUCCACCUCUGUAUCUUUGAUGGAGGAGAAGUCUGCAGGUCUUUGCAGCUUCUCUUCUGGCUCAGAUGUAGAUCAUGAAAAGAUUCAACAUAAAUUCCUCAAAGAGAUGAAGUCAGACCAGUCUGCAUGUGAUGAAGAAAAAAACAAUGGAGAAGACUCUGUUCAAACRUCUGGUAACAUCUCAGCCACACUUGAAGAUUGUCGUCAAUCAAAAAUAUCUGAAAAUCARCCUCCUUUCAACGAGCCCACCACCAAACCAGAGUUCCUGCUCUGUGACACCAUGGACUCUGUUCCCAACAUGGAGAAGUAUGAUGAUCAUCAAAGUCUGGUCCAUAAUAACGCCAAUGUCCCAACAUCCAAACAGGAGCCUGAGCCAGAAAAGGUGGAUAUCAGCGAGUCAAAAGAGUGCAAUGUUCCUUCAGCAACAACUUCAAAAACAAGUGAAAAUGAUACAAAGAUCUGUUCAGAUGAAGAGGUAGAAAAAACUCCAGGAGAUCCCCUGAAGUCUUCUCAGAGUCCUGCUCCUCCCACAGAAAACCAAGGCCUGAAGACCAAGGARGGAGAGCAAUUUGGAAAAAUAAUUGCCUUCAGUAACCAGGUCUCACAAGCAAUAMUGCGCUCACUUCCUGAUUCCUACAAUGGAAACCCCUGCCUCCAAACUUUGACGGACCCUUCGWCUGAGGCUGACAGUAACCCUGAAGAGUYKGAUCAGGAUAGAAACAACAAAGGAUUCUCUGUCAGCUUGGCCACACUGAGGGAAUGCACCAUCGAUGAAGAGGAGAGAUACGACCCUGGUGUAAAUCUCAUAUCUGCUCACUCUGUCAUCUCAGCCAUUCAUUCAGAAGAGAAACAGAUGAUGAUGCAAGAAGUUAAAGAUUUGGAUGAAGAAACAGUGAAGCAGCUGGAGGACAUCCAUGUUGUGAUCCUGCAUAAAGAGGAGGGAGCCGGUCUGGGCUUCAGCAUCGCUGGAGGCUCUGACCUGGAAAACAAAGCUCCAACAGUGCACAGAGUCUUCCCCAGUGGUCUGGCAGCUCAAGAGGGAACCAUCCAGAAAGGAGACGAGGUUCUGUCCAUAAACGGCCAAAGUGUGCGUGAUGUCACACACGCCGACGCCACAGCAGCUCUGCGCCAGGCUCGCGGUCAGAAACUGGCUGUGGUCGUCAUCUGCAAGAGAGCUGGAGAGACACAACAGGACGGGAUCCAGAGAGGCCAGGAGGACAGCCCUGCAGCAGAAAAGCAGGAGGUCCAGCUGAGAGUGGAGCUGGAGAAAGGUGCAGGAGGGGUUGGUUUUACUCUGGAGGGAGGAAAAGGCUCAAUCCACGGGGACAGACCUUUGGUCAUCAACAGGAUCUUUAAAGGUGGAGCAGCAGAGCAGAGCGGCCUGCUUUGUGGAGACGAAGUUCUGCAAGUCCAGGGUCUGAGUCUGCAGGACAUGACCCGUUUCGAGGCCUGGAACACAAUCAAGGCUUUACCUGAAGGGUCCGUGUCACUCAUCAUCAUCAGGAGGCAGUCAGGGACAGAGGAGUGAGACCAAGACCACCUCCUGUCCAGUUUCACAGUCCAACAAUUACAAAAUAAAACUGGUAAAACUUGGACAAGAGAUCAAAUUUCUCUUUUCGUGUCAAAUCUACAGUAAAAUUCUCUGAAAGUUCUGUUUGAACUGUAACCAUCCUUAAAGGUCCAGUUCUCAGGUUUCACUUCUGUUUCAAUCACCUGAUUAAAAGUUCUGACACAAACCA